AUGGAAAUCCUUCAUCCUCCAAAAACAGUUUAUGUCCUCUUCAAUUUGUGCUGCUAUCUUUUGUUGUUCAACGGAAUCAACACCUCCGCUUACAGCGUACCUGAUCGCUACUUCAUCAACUGUGGCUCAAGUGGCAGCACAACCGUCUACGGGCGGAACUUCGUCGGCGACGUCAAUCCCGAUUCUUUCACCUUGUCCACAAGCCACAGCAACAUAGCCAAAGAAGACCAAUCAUCGGAUUCAGCAUCUUCUCCACUCUAUCAAACUAAUGGCAUUUACGUGGUACGUUUUCACUUCUAUGCUUUCACUUCUCCAGAUAAUCUUGCUACUGUCAGAUUCGACGCGUCAACUUCCAAGUUUUCACUCCAAUCCAACUUCAGCGUCCAAAAUAGUAGCACCAGUAAAUCACCUGUGAUUAAAGAGUUCUUGAUCCGUAUCGAUGUGGGGAAUUUCCAAAUUUACUUCACGCCUUCCGGGUCAUCUUCUUUUGCCUUUGUUAAUGCUAUAGAAGCAUUUCUUGCUCCUGAUAACUUCAUUCAGGAUUCUCCUUUUUACAUAACUCCUGCUGGAAGCAAAGGAGUUUACAAUGGUUUGUUGCCCAAUGCUUUACAAGUAGUUCAUAGGAUUAGCGUUGGUGGAUUGACUGUAACACCGGACACUGAUACUUUGGGGAGAAAUUGGAUACCUGAUGAUGAUUAUUUGGUCUUCUGGGAUGCAGCCACUAACACUCCAUUUCGUAGUGCACCGCCUAAUUACCAGCCUGGAUCUGCAACAAAGUUUGAUGCUCCUGACCCUGUUUAUAACACUGCCAAAGAGCUCAACAUCGCUCCUAGUCAGCAAGGUGUCACUCUCCCGAAAACAAAUUCUAAUGUUUCUUGGGGAUUCAAUGUAAAUGGAAAUGCCAAAUUUCUAGUCCGGGUGCAUUUUUGUGACGUAAUUAGUCAGGCUGGUAGCGGGAAAUUGAAAUUCAAUCUCUAUAUUUAUAGUAACUUUAGCCAAAAAAUUGAUCCACAAGAUUCAACUACCGCAGCCAUGACGGCAGUUCCUUUUUACAUUGAUUUUGUGGUGCAUUCAGAUGAUUCUGGUUUUAUGAAUGUAAGUAUUGGCCCACGGCAAGAUUCUAGGAAUCAAACAGCCUUUCUUAAUGGGGUAGAGAUUAUGCAGUUGGUUAACUUUCCAGGUCCAAUUCCAGAUGGAAGUGGAUCAGGAAACAAGCAUUUGCCCGCGAUUAUUAGUUCAGUUGCUGGAGGUGUGGUUCUCAUCAUCAUUACAGUGGUAUUGUUCUGA